AUGGACAAUGCAGGUAACUGUAAUACAACAGCGACUGAGCUAGAAAAGCUCGUACCAACGUUUCAUGGUAUGAAAUCGCGUGUACGUUGUUUUGCUCACAUUGUCAAUCUUGUUGCGAAGGUAAGCAUAGUGUUUUACAAGUUACGCUACGCUGCAGUCCUUUCGUUGUUUUUCCGUCCAGCAAAGCCGCGUAAAGUUGUCAAGAUUGGGGUCCAUCAGCUCCAUGGUGAUCCUAAUCCUUCUCCGGCUGAGGUUGUGAUUGAACCUGGGGAGCAGCUCACACCUGAGGAAGAGGAGCUUGUUGCUUCUCUUGCUGAGGAUGAUGCUAGUACAUAUGAUGAUGGGCAAUCAGUUCAUGAUACAUAUGUUACUACUUCUAUUCGAAACAAAGCCAUUGCUGACAUGCAAGGAAGGGGUGUACAGGUUGAGCAGAAUGAGUUGCGGAGUGCAGAAAUGGUUUUAUAUAAGAUUGCUGGUCUUGCAAAACGGGUGAAUGAUUCACCACAUUUGAAGGAAUGGUUUGAUAAGUUGGUUGAUGCUGAAGUUAAUAAUCCCAACUCCAAAAUUGAUGGUAAUAAGCGAAUGCUGGAUCGCCGAGUUGCUACUCGGUGGAAUUCUGAUUUUGCUUGUAUUGAAUCAUACCUCCUCUUAUACCCUGUUGUUGAACAGUUAAUUGGUGUCCAGCAUUUGAAACUUCAAAAUUUCAUUCUUAAUUCUUCUCAACAAACUCUUGCACAAGAUUUACUUCAUGUUCUUUCAAUUCUUGAGGAACCUACUCGACUUUUUUCAAAAGCAGAGGUUCCUCUCAUUUCUGAUGUAAUUCCUAUGUUGCUUGACAUUCGUCAGGCACUUGAAUGUGCUAGUAAGGAUGAGAAUUUGCCUAACAUUCUUCGUAUUGCUGCUAGAGCUGGAAUACUUGUUUGUGACAAGUACUUCACUCUCACUGGAGAGUGUGAAGUAUAUUUUAUUGCUGUUGUAAUGUCGCCAGACAAGAAGUUGGAAUGGUUUACCAAGAGGAACUUUCCUGAAACUGUGGUUCAAGAGAUCCAGAGUCUUGUAAUCCAACGCUGGGAGCAGUCCUAC